CAUAAUCUGUUUGCAGAGCACAUAGUUCAAGAACAUUUUUUAAAAGCUGUGUAGUGCUUGUAUACUCUUCAAAGGUGAGGGUGAGCGACACCUUUAUUAAGCCGCUAAGAAAACCAUUACACAAAGGCUAGUUUUCGAGCUAUAUGGAUCUUCCCCAGGCGGGACACCACCCAGCUGUGCACAGUACAGAAAAAAAUAUAUAUUAAAUGCUCCAAAAAAUCUUGGCAGCCUGUAAGGGCCCGGUUUUGCUUUUUAAAGCGCGUUUCAAAAUGGGGACUGUCGUCCCCAUGGAUUAUAAUUCCCCAAACCUCCAGAUCCAAUAUGGUCACGGACCAGGCUGGCUGGAAAUUCUGGGCCAUUGUAGACCAGAAAAGGGGUAACUUUUCUGAGUGCUGGUUGCAGGGGGCACCUCUCUUUGUGGGAACGCCAGCCUCCCUCCCAAGCUUGUGGGUCCAAAGAAUUGUUCAUGCCAGUUAAGCAAAAGAUGGAAACUGAAAAGAGGAAGGAGUGAUACCUGGGUAAUGUCGAAAAUAGUUCCUUCCUGGCUAUGGAAUAGAAGGCCCUAUUAUUCUUUGUAUUAUGUUCCCUUCCCUAUUAUCUCUUCCUUGGCUUUGAGAAUUAGUCAAAUGCCUACAUUUUGCUCUUUCCACCCCACUUCAUCGCCACCUUUCAACUAGCAGAUGCCCGACUUUAGGAAUGCGCUCAGAGGCCAAAAAAAACCCAGCCGGGAGUGGGAGGCUGAAGGCCAUACAUCAAGGGGCCGGGCUGGGUAACAUAAAUAUAUCAAUAAGAUAAGGAAGUUGCGAGACACUUUCUUCCAGACACAUCCCUAGAGAAGAAGGUCAUUAAGGGGAAGUGGCAUUUCCCUCCCCCAUACAUCUAUCCAUUUGUACCCAAUGAGGUGUAGGAUCCAAAUAGUAUUAAGUAGAUUUUACCCAAUGAGCUUGUAAGACUUUCUGGGUCUUAGUUUGUUAGGGUAUAAAGUUCCUUUCCACACUGUAUCCUCGGGGGUCUUCUCUGCCCUUAAAAGAAGUCCCAGCUGACUUUAGAUCACACACAUAAUAAAACUAGAUUUUGGUUCAGCCGGUUGUGUCUCGCCAGAGCGAGGGCUUGGCCAGUAACAGUUGGACGUUAUUCUUGGGUGAUUUUUAAAUCCUCAACGGAUCGGACCUCCUCGGCCGCCGGAUUGUGGCCACUCUCCUCGGGCGAUCCUGUGACUCGUGGCAGCUUGCCCAGGGCUACGCAGGCUGGCUGGCUCUCUUGCACAGCACGGUGAGGAUUUUAACUCCUGGUCCUGCUGCUCCAACCCACUGAGCAUUCCGGCCAACUUUGGAGAAAGCAAGCGCGGUGGUGUGGAUUAUGGGCCACUCAGCGUCCAAAGAGAUCCGUAUUCCGCCCGAGGGCACCCCAGCGUCUUACAUGUAUCACCGUUAUGGGCCGCACACAUGCCAGUUUCUGGAGAAAUGGAACAGCUAUACGGAGAGUUAUCCACUUAAGGAGUUUCCCCUGGAGGGAACUUUUGAGAUGGAUAAAAUCGAUCACCUCCGGCGCGUUUUACAGCACAGAAGGAGGAAGGUGUCCUCGAACCAGUGGGUCACCUAUUUUGCCUGGUACGAGGAAACCAGUACGAGGCUCCGGCAGUCUGAGAUCAGGUGUGUUCACGACUCCCAAGAGAAACUCCAAGCUGAAAUCAAAGAAUUGAAGAGAGAGGUUUCUCUGGACCGAAAAGAGAGAUUAAAUUCUGCCCAGGUACGACCGAGUUUAGGCUCUGAAGAUAAGGUGCGGGACAAUCCGGCCCAUUCGUCUGAUGCUGCCAUGGCAAGCCUGCCCGAAGUGCAGGAAAACUCAUCAACGUCUCGGCCUCGUCGCUCUGCUCCCAAUCCUCCUCCAAGGGUGGAAGCGCAGGAAAACCCAUCAACGUCUCGGCCUCGUCGCUCUGCUCCUGAUCAUCCUCCAAGGAUGGAAGAAGCUGAGCAGUCAAGACCUACCGAACAGCUAGGAGCUCAACCAAAGGCUGAUAUGCCCUUAAUGCUUGCGCCAACUCCCGACGUGGGUUUGGCUCCUGCGCAGCCUCCCUGGACGCCCACCGAAUUGUAUCAACUGGUGCUCAGACUCCUGGAGAUCAAGGAAGACCCUGAAAAGUUUAAGGAACAGCUUCGGAUCGUGUUGGCUUGCUUUAAGCCCACUUGGGCCCAAGCUCAGCAGCUGCUGGGUGCCCUACUUGAGUGGGAUGUGCAGAAACGCCUCUUCGAGGAGGCCAGCUGGCCCAUGGAAGACCCAGGCUGGUCUGAGCAAGAGCUGGUGGACCCUCACCGCCGUCUGCUGGAGGCCGUCUCCAAGGUCUGCCCCAGAAAAUGUGACUGGAGUAAGAUCCUUGCUUGCAAGCAGAAGAAAGGCGAAGAGCCGGCCGAUUACAUGGAGCGUCUCCUGGAGAUGACGAGGAGAUAUAUAGGAUUUGAUGAGCCCAUCCAUGCUAUCGAAGGUCUCAUCGGUGGUUGGUUUGUGGACGGCCUGCAUUGGGAGGUUCGGAACCGCCUGAAACAGGUCUCUCCAGGUUGGCGGGAACAAAAUUUACGGGAACUUCUGGACCUGGCGGACAGCUGCUGGGCCAAGAAGCAGAGGAGAGAGGAAACGCUGGAAAGGGAAUUCAUGGCGCUGCGCCUUCGAGAGCUGAGAGCCACAGUCCACGGAGGAGGGAGAGGCCGGAUGGUGGAAGGAAGAAGAGGCUACGGCGCCAUCCACGCUGUCCACACCGAGAAUUAUAUGGCCAUCGAUUAUGGGUGCGAUUAAACCCUGGAAGAAGACGUGGGGAGACUGUGCAGUUCUUUCAUUCUUUCUUCUGUGGCUUUCUGCUUGCUUUCAAAACCCCGGCCCAACGGCUUUCCAUGGAAAUCCAUGCCCUCCAAAUGACAGUUCAAGCCUCCCCCGCACCGCAAUAACCAGUGUUUUUCUGGGUGAUGUGCUAGCAACCUCUCCCCCGAAAUUUUAAACCUGACCAACCACAUCAUCACGAAGGGGCUCUGGGUCUGCUCCCGUUUUAUGGACUUUGUAUCUCAAGUAACCCGUAUCUACAACCAACAGAACCAUUAAGAAUAGACC